UGUACAUACCCAACUUCCAAGAAUUAAAUUAAAAAUGGGGCGGAUCACGUAAAAUUAGUGACUAAAAGCUACUCCGACGGUCAAAUUGGAACAGUAGGGUCAAACAGUUUCGAGCAUUUGUCUCUCUUUCACCUCCUGCCACAGACAGCUAUUUUAUCCCCUGUGAAAUUGAGAACUACUUCUCAAGUGAAAAUUCCCGAUAAUUUUCCCAAAAAAUACAAUUUUAUAAAAUGGCUUCAAGGUAGUAAUAUUCACCCCAUAAAGAAUUAAUAUAAAUCUGAGUUACUUCUGAACGCAAACUGAAAUUUUGAAGCGCUCUCCCUCAUCAGUACUUGAAAAAUUGAUCCAGCAGGCCCUCGGAAAUCCUGAAAAUUUAAACAUAGAGAGACUACAUAUUAUGGAAUCCUCAAACUCGUUUUCACCAAUUGGGACAAAGCGAUCCGAGAAAACCGUUGAUGAGUUGUGGAAGGAAGUGGAUUCAACAACCCUUCAAAUCAAAGUUUUGACUAAUACAUUGGAUGGAUUACUUCUGCAAAUUCGCAAAUCAAAUCAGCCUCAGCAGGCCGGAAAUUCAGCGUCCGAGGACCGUUUUGAAGAACAAAAGAGGAAAAUUGGCCAUCAUCAUAGGGGAACACGUUUUACGACAUACAACAUUCGCCAAGACGAAGGGGAAGUUGAUCCAGCCUGGAGGACCUGCCAGGAAAGCUCCACGGUUUAUUAUCCCCUUGUUCCAGCUCAGGGAACCACCCACACAAAUGCCCCCCGCGACCAAACCUCAUCGGCUAACUACCCCCCAGUACAACUUCAACAUCUUAGGACACAAGCUGCUACGACUUCCCAUGGGAACGCCUACGCUUACGCCGCCCGCGAUCACGCGUAUCAGCACAACGACCAGAGCUAUUAUCAAUCUCCAUGAUACCAACCAAACCUCGAAUGGACUGGUGGCGGACAGGAAGAUGAUCACCCUACAAACUCACCUCAAAACCUUUAUCGCCCCCCACUAAUCCAUUCUUAUUCUUACCAUGAUGUCGUUUUAUCUGCAAGCACCUUUCUGCUUCUCAGAGUGAAUUCAUAUUUUUGCUCGUGAUUUAUUUAAUUGAUGUGGAUGAUGUGGAAGUAUAUGUACAUAUCUAAAUACCUAGACAUUUUACUGAAUAUGAAAACGAAAAUAAUUUCUUAAUAUUUGCAAGGAAUUUUAACAAAUUUGUGAAAAUUUUAAUGUGCGUUUAAUUUGAAAAUUUUGUUGGCUUUUAAUGUGCCAUGUCGAAGUCGUUCUCACGACUUAUUAAUGUUUUAAUGGGAAUUUUUUUAAAUGCUUAAGUUAAGCAGCUUAAUAUAUCUCUUUUGGCUUUGGAUACAAUGUUCGUAAUUUUUAUAAAUAUAGCAGUACUAAUCAUGAAUUGAUCCAUGUAUAAUUUCACAACUUAGAACAUACAUCACCAUCAUAAAGUGUCAAUGUUCGGAAGACAAUGGAGACCAAGCCCAUUAGAAUGCUGUGACCUAAGCUUGCGACCUAAAUUACAUUUACAUGUUGUAUCUUUGCAAGAGUUGGUUUUGAUUUUGGAAUAAAGUACCCACAUAUUGUGAAAAGUGUUAA